UAUUUAACCUUUUCCUUGAACUUUUCAUCGCAGAGUAGACUUGUAGUCGCGUCGAUGCGAUGCAUUACGGGAAAUGUAAUUCCAAAGAGGCUUUACAUCGGUGAGAAAGUCUUUUCUCUUCCGUGUGAUUGUACUUUACUUCCCACACUGCACUGCGAGCACAGUCAUUUUCAUGCGUCUGGCGAGGAGUUCUGUGAAUGACAGAAGGGACAUGAAUAAAAUGAGUUUGUGUUGGGGAAAUGGCAUCAUGCCGGACCUAGUCACUCAUGUGCGUAGCCGUGCGGCUCUCCGAUGAUCAAUUGUGUGUGUUCAGAAACUCUGCUGAACCCGCAUCAGUGACGUCAUUACUGAAGGGAUAUUGAAGACCCCUGGGAAUAGAAGCUUGUGUGAAAUGCAGCGGUUUAUGUGUGCUCGAGUCUUCUGGCAGACAGCUGCCCUGCUGCACAGUCACCCUGCACAGAUGCUGGAAACCCCAGCCCGCCGGUGCUGGACACACCUGAGCUCCAGCCCACGUUGGCUGAGCUCCUCUAGUGCUGUCUGCUCUCCAGCCUCAGGGAAAAACUCUUCCAGAGAUCAUCAGGUUAAUGCAGCUACAGGGCAAGAUGAUCCAGACCCGCUGCAGGACAAAUCCAUCGGCCUCAUCCAGAGGUUCAAAAAGACCUUCAAGCAGUAUGGCAAAGUUAUGAUCCCUGUGCACUUGGUGACAUCUACAAUGUGGUUCGGUACAUUUUACUAUGCUGCAAUGAAAGGAGUGAAUUUGGUGCCAUUUCUGGAGUAUGUUGGGUUUCCUGACAAGGUUGUUAAACUGCUGGAGAAUUCUCAAAGUGGAUAUGCACUCACAGCAUAUGCCAUGUACAAGAUCGCCACACCUGCAAGGUACACAGUGACUUUAGGAGGAACAUCACUCUCUGUGAAGUACCUGAGGAAGUACGGCUACAUGACCACUCCUCCACCCGUGAAAGAAUACCUGCAGGAAAAGAUGGAGGAGACCAAAGAGAGGAUCUCUGGGAAGAUGGAAGAGACCAAGGAUCGUAUAUCUGAGAGAAUGGAGGAAACAAAAGACAAAUUCACUGAAAAACUUCAAGAAACCAAAGACAAAGUGUCUUUCCGGAAGAAAAAGGAAUAGUUUUGUAAUGCCUAAUGAGGGGGGUAUUAUGACUUAUGAGAGGUCAGGAUGUGAGAGAUGCACGAAAGACUUUAUCUGACACCUCAAAUUAAUGUAAUGAAGAUUCAUGUUAUUUAACAAUACACAUUAAAGAGAGAGUUCACCCACAAAUGAACAUUUUGCCAUAAUUUACGCAUGAGAAACAACAUGAGUUGUGUCUUAAGAAUAUAUAAAUAUCUAAUGUAGGCUGUUAGCGCUACAAUAAUCGUUCAAAUUAUAGGCUAAGCUAUCGCAAGAUGGCAAAAUCAUGGAUAAUUAUGAUUUUCGUUUCUCCACGACUGGAUAUAAAAUAUCACAGCACAUCAUAAUCAUGUUUGUCAGCUGUUACAAAUGAAACAAAAAGGAAAAUUCAGCCAUUGUUUACUCACCCGUGUUGUUAUAACCCCAUAUGACUUUCUUAUUCUUAACACAAAGGGAGAAAUUGUGAAAAAAUGUU